GUUCUUAAACUACUUUUACCUUCAGUUUAGUAGCCAACAAAAGACCGACUUUUCUGAAGAGAGAUUGAUCGAGAAAAACUAAGUUGAGAAUUUUCAAUUUUAGUUCAUAAAUUUAAACAUUUUGUUUUAUGCUGAUCGACUGUAGGUUGAGGAUGUAUACAGAUAGUUUGUCACAAGUUGAUAACGUUCCAGUCAGACUACAUGCGAGCCGGACUGAUAAUACGUUAAUUGGUUGGUACCAAUUAAAAUUUGUAACUCAAUAUGUUUUCAACGUAUUUGCCAUGACGUUUUUGGUUCAGUUGAAUUAUUGCUUUAUCGAAAAAUUUUAUUACAGUUAAUUUUUAUGCGAUACACCGAAAUAAGGACAAUCAGCUUGCAAAGGUCAAUCAUUGUUGUUAUUUUCGAUCUGAAAUAUUCCACUAAUACAUGGUGAUUCAAUAACAAUGGGAAAUCCGGAAUGAUAAACAUAGGUACAACGUGUUGAACUUUAACUUUCAAGUUUUACUCUUCUUUGCUCAAGAAGCGUCGACAUAUGGGGAUUUUCUAUGUAUAUCGGAUUUGCAUGCUUUCAAUUUGUCUAAAUUAUGUUCAUGCCUGUGAACAAUUAUACAGGGUGUUAGGAAAUAAGUGCGCCAAAGUUCAAGAGGUGAUUCUGCAUGAAAAAAUAGUGACCCUUUGCUUAUGAUUCGUAUGUAUUUUCUAAACUUGUUGCUGCAAAAAAUAUUUUCCAUGACGAGUUCAAAGCUCGAAAUUUGCGAGCUCACCAGUUACAUUAUCAAAAUAAUUUUUUCGAAUUCUUCGUGAUCGAAAAAAGCGUUCAGGACCAUUGCUUGAAGCAUAUAAUUCUUAACAGACCAUUUUCAAAGAAAACCAUUCCACAGUCGCUAGAAUAGCAUUCCAAUUAAUCGUGUACCAGAUAUUUCCGUAAAGUGGAAUUGAAGUGCAAUUAAUCAAAUAAAAUUUGUUCAAUCCGUGAACAAUGAACAUCCUGAAUUUAGAAUGAAUUCUCAUUAUUAUUAUCUGAUGUUUGGAAGCAGAGCUUUGUUACGAUUAGUGAUUUCCACCGGUUGCACCAACAAUUUUUUUGUAGUUAGGCUUGGACUCUUCGUUGCUUGUACGAAACUGGAAGAAAAAUAUACGCUUCUGUAUUUCAAACGAGGAUCGAAACUAUUAAUGUCGAAGAUUUGCAAUCCGGAGCAUUGGGAAGUCGUUCAUUCAUUAUAUUCUUACGUAAAAUAAUUGAAAACUGAAAUGCGGCUUUUCUUAUUUUUCGCUAUCUUUGUCUGCUUUAUUUUUCGAUGUUUUCCUUUAUGCGCUCCGACUUGCUAGUUGUUUUUAAAAUGUUUUUAGCAAACGAUGCAGAUGACACACAGGUCGCUCAGAGAAGUUACUAUAGCGUAUAAUUUUUAACUUAAAACCUUAAAUUAGUAUGUAUUGUUAAUGGCAGAUAUUGCACUUAGGAUUUUCCGCAUACUUAAAAGACGAUUUUAUCAAAUCGGUCCUGCUCACACUUUUAUGGUGCAAAAACCGUGACUAUAUUGAAACUCGUUCACCUGUGCAGGAAUUAUGUCUUUUGUCACCCCUCCAUAACUAAUUCCGUUAUUUAGUAAAGUUUACUGACAUUUCAGCUUCACAUUUGCGUAUUUUCAGUAUAGUUCCGAUAUGUCUAUUUGAACACUAGUGACCACAUUUCCGUGCCAAGUCCAUUCAAAGCCUAUCAACACAUUGCCCCAUAUUGUAUGACCACAGUAUGAGCAUAUUGUUCCUGCUAACACUAAAAUGAGUUCGACCGUUUUCGUAUUUGAAGUGGCAAUGUUGAUGAGUUUUUGCUUAGCACAAGACUACGCCUUUAUAGAUGAUAUUCCAAUUGAAAGUUAUGAUCACGGAGAUCAUCAGGAAAAUGACAUGGAUCUGGAGCUACUUCCUGUGAGACGGGGGCGAUCCUCGUCCUCAGAUGAAGACCCCAAGGACUAUUUUUUCAGAUCUAUGAGGUCAUUUGAUGACUUUGAUGACGUGAGAACCCUGGGGCCGUAUCAGAACAUUCCAAGGCCCCCCCUUCAGAGUCAGGCUCAGGAGAGGCAAAAACGGAGUGCUCCCGCGACUCCGCUGCUGUCUCCCAAAAGAGAGGAUUCUUUAAAUGGAGUAAUAAAAAACCUUGGAAAACCCUUAGAAGUGGUAUCGCUAGAUACCAGAAAUCUCACUCAAAAGGACGAUGAAGCCGAAAGCAGACUGGCUACUGACGAAGUAGCAAUUAAUGAUUUCAUUAGGUUUAGACGAGCUGCCAAUGUCGAGGAGUCUGGAGGGAAAGAGAGCAGUGGCCAACAGAAGAAAGUCCCUUUGUCUCAAAAACUGAUGAUGGAAGCUUCAGACGAAGAUAUGAAUCGUGAAGCACGAGGAGCGAUUAAGGAAGAAUGGGUGAAGCAAGUGUACCCUGUUCGGAAAGAGGAUGAAAUGUCGUUUGAGGACAAUAUUCCUUCUUCCAGUGAACAUCUAAGGGUUCCGCGGGUACACUUUGUUACCCAAAAAUUUACAGACAAUAGAUUGGCGUCAUCGGAUAUGAGACCAUACGAUAGAGAGCCCAGAUCUAGGCGGAUUGACCGUCUUCCUGUUCGAGAUCCUCCUAGAGACCUUGCUAGAGAUAUUGAGGAGGAUAAUCCUCAUUUUGAGAGAAGCUAUAGGUCUUAUGGGCAACCCAUGGAAAGAGGCAGGGCAUUUUACAGAGAUGAAUAUCCCCGGUAUGAUCAAAGGGAUUAUCGAGAAUACCAACGUCCAAGAUACCAAAACUACGAACAAUCGCGCAAUGAUUUCGGUUCCUUGAUGCAAAAACCACAGAAACGUAUAAUUUACUAUGCCACUCUGCCUGAGAUAUCAAGAAGCCCCCCAAAUGUGGACCUUAGGGACCGAUACCGAUACGAACGGGACAGGUACGAUGACAGAUACGUACAAGACCCGUAUAGAUUUAGGAAAAGUUAUCCUCCAAAAGCGCGAUAUGAAGAUGAAGGCAAAACUCCCUAUCCUGUGAAAGUAUUGACCGAUGUCAAUGUAAGGGAAGUCAAGAAAAGUCCAGAAAGAAGGAUUUACUCCGAAGUUGAUCGGAAUAGAUAUGCAUAUAACACUCCCCCUUAUCAAGCAGCGGAUGGGUAAAAUGUGGCCUUUCACAUACUACACCAGUAACUUAGUGUUUUAGGAACAUUUUAUUUAAAAAGGAAAUAUUUGCUAGACUAAUAAUAUUUAUUAGAUUUUAUGUAUUAAAUUAGUUAUUCAUUUGUAUUUUUUACUUGAUUUUUUAAAAUAAACUUUGUAAGGAAAAA